AUUUUGUUAUUCGACGUUGUUGGAAACUGAUUUAAAUCGCAAAACCGCUGCUAAUAAUUGCGAAAACUCGAAAAAAGCGCGUCGACCAUUUCCAAAUAAAUCUGAAGAAAAGGGAAAACGCUGGCAUUUAAUCUCCCCACCAAGAAAUAAAAUACAAAAAAGCCCACAAAUUUUUGGAUUGCUAAAAUGUGCGACGAAGCCGGAACAGAAAAUUUGGAGCACCAAGACCACCACGUCCACUUCGAUUCGACUACGGUGAAGGAUGACUUCGAAUCAGACAGCUGUGUGACAUAUCAAAGAUCUGGAGAUACGAUUGUGGUCAGCCUGGGCUUUCUGCAGAUCAACCAUCGCUACCUGAUCGACCUGAAGCUCCCGACGUCGCUUUUUGGCGAUGCGGGGAAGCCGGGCAGCAAGUUCGAGCCGGUGGUCAGCGCCACACCGAGUCUGCACUGCAAGAUCACGGAAUUCGCGGGCACCAAGCACGACGAGCAUGACUUUUUCGAGAUGAAAAUCGAGUUCUUCGCCUACAAGGAGAAGCUGCUGCGCGAGGUCCUUCACAUCGUCAGCUCGAACAAUUCCAAGGAGGUGCUGCAACUGGUGAUCGCCGCCCGGGUCUUGGGAAAGGGCAAGGGAACGCCCAUGCUGCGCACCGGGAUCCAUUGCAUCGGUGUCGAAAGGGACGACGAUGAAUCAGAGGCCUCAGACUUCGCCGGGUUCGACAGCAGGCCCUAAAUUUGAAACACACCCUCUUCUCGCCUUGCCGCAACUUGUUUUCUUAGUUAAUUGCAGAUAUUUACAUAGUUCUUAAGUAAAAGAGAAAGGAAUAAUAUGUAACGUUAGUUAUUACCUACAUAGCAAACAAUUGUGUAUGUAAAACUCAUUGAGCAUUUACAUUUAGGUUUCGGUUUCAGUUUUGCGUGUUGUACUUAACAUUUGUAAAUUACCCGAGUCCGCAAUUGUCAAGUUUGUAUUGCACGUGAGUGGGCAAACUGCCAAAAAAUUCUUGACAUUUUAUAAUGAUUUUCAAGACCAUUUUACGGCCCGAUCUUAUAUUACCAGUAAGCCUUACAUUUGUUUCUUGGGUUUUAAAGCUGUUCAUGUUUCACUUGCGUGCCGGAAAAUCAUGUAAUAUUUCGAAAUAUAUUAUGUUAAGUGUUUUAGAGUUGACUAAAGUAGGUUGUGACAUGAACAACUUUAAAAUAGCCAAUCUAAUGACCUUUUAACUAUUGUAUGACUGGAAGGCCUAACAAAAAUUUCUAUUAAAUGUGUUCUGACUUUUUUAAAUGCACUGUACAUAUAUAAGGUCAUAGAUAACUCCUUUAAAAUGCACCAUAUACAAAUAAUUAUUGCAAAAAAAGUAAAAACAACCUCAGAAGUACACAAAGACCAACCGUUUGACCAUUUUCAAUGUGUAUUGAUAUAUAAUUCAAUCUCGGCAAUUAAUUUACCCAAAAGUAUGCAAAAUCAGAUGCAAUUUAAUGUGUGACCAAAUCGAGGUGCUCAUAACAGAAAUGUAUGCAUUAACCGAAACAAGAUAUUUAAUCUUUUUGACUAAAAUUAGCCCAGAGAUAUUUUUAGCAAGGGCCUUUUGAGAAUAUAUUAAAGAUUAUAACAUUGUGCACUGUCAAAUGUAUAAAAGGCACCGUAACUAAUAAACUAGAUUUUGUAAAUUUAAAUCUACAAAAAACCGAUCAAAAACAACAAAAUAUUAGAGCCCGUAAUAUCAUAAUUAUUUGUACUAUCUAAGUUAAUAAUUGGUUAGUCACCUAGCGAUUUGCUCAGGGUGCCGUUAAUAAAAUUCGUUAAAAGCCCCAAACUAA